AUGAAGCCACAAACCUAUCAUUUCUACGGGUAUAGUAUUCUAAAGCCUAUGUUUAUAAGCCUAAAGAAACACGGAUUUAAAACCCUAGAGCGUGGGUGGGAUACCUCGUGGGAUAUGAAGGUGACAACGUAUAAUAACAUAGUCGAAGAGCACUCUAUAGAGGUAGGUUUAGCGGGUUUAGUGGGUUCAAUUAAUAUAGACGAAGCUAAGCUAUUCUACAAUACCGAAGAAGGGACCCUAGAGGAACGACUCGAUACACUUAAAGAAGGGCAAGUUAAAUACCUAGAACUACCACUAAGUCAACCGAAUACCCCGUCGCUAACGCCUUCGCCACUAGUAGACGAAGGAGGAUCGGACCGUGGACGUGAUAUAAUCCGAUAUACGACACCGCUACUAAACCCAGCGAGACUAGACCCACUAGAGGUUCUACGUCCUACACAAAUACCCGAUACCUCGAAUAUACGUCGAUCCCCGAGAUCUACGAAGGGCCGAAGCCCCGAGAGAUACCACGAUUUAAAGUGGAAGAAGUACGGAGAACCCGACCGAGAUAGAGGAGCACAAUGCGCUAUGGUAGGAUUAGUUAUAAGUGGAGGUUCACAAUGCAUUAUAGAAGGAUUGGUAGGGAACUCGCCCUUUAGAGUCGGCUUCGCUAUGUCAUCAACCGAGAUAGGCCCUAAAUAG